AACUUUUCAUGCAGAACAAGGAGCGGCUCGUUCAUCUCCUGAAGGGGAUUACGGUCGGAAUAGAGAAGUGCCAAGCGACACCACUAUCUCAGGAAGUGUUGAUUGUAUGGGGAGACCACAACCAGUUGUUCCUGGUGGAGGCGUUUGCAGUUCAUAGGACUCUGAAAUGGAGCGCUAGACUGGAGGUCAUACAGAAGACAGGCCACGUUCCUCAGCUGGAGGAUUCAGCUUGCUUCAACAAGGUCAUGCUGGACUUUCUCAAAAGCCUAAUCUGUUGGUUAAUGGUAGCUCGCAAUAAGGUACCAAGGUGCAUUGGUGAUUAGUCAAUGAUAGUCGACUUGAUUGUUUGUAAUAAGAUAUCUAGACAGUUCAGUCCAUUCAAUAAAUGGUAACUUUCAAAAAGAAAAAAAUAUUUCUACU